AUGUCUGAAUCCAGUUGUUCUUCGAAAAGAAGGUGCUUUUGUGGUGAUAUUGCCAACAACUUCACUUCAACCACUGUUUAUAACCCUGGUAGGAGAUUCUAUAAGUGCGCGAAACCUGAAAAUGAAUCAUGUGGUUUUUGGGAGUGGCAAGACGAAGUCUUACUUGACAGAGCUUUGGUUGUUAUUAACAAUUUCAAGUCGAAGUUUGAUGUUGCUCAAGUUCAGCUUAUUACCCUGAAUAAGGCAUUAGAUGCGUGCAAGAUUGAAAGGGAAAGACUGAUGCAAAAAGUGGAUGCAUUAGAGGCUAUAAAUAUUGUUGAAGCAAACAAAGCAAGAGAGUUGGAAGAAAAAGUGUUGAAGUUGAAGAUGUUCAUUAUAAUUUCAUGCGCGCUAUUUGUUGGAUUUGUUACGGCUUUCUUGAUGAAAUGA